AUGGAUAAGACGUGGAUUUCGCUGCCAAGGAAUAGCAUCGAGUACUUAGAAGGAGGAACGAAAUUCGCCAAUUCAUCAGCAAGAAGAUUGGGCAAUCUGUUUGAAAUGCUAUGCCCAUGUAGAGAUUGCCGCAAUGUAUGCCAUCAGUUGAUAGAUGAAAUUGUUGAGAAUCUAGUGAUAAGGGGUACGGAUAAGAAGUAUAAGACUUCUUGUUGGAGUAUUCAUGGUGAAAAAAGAGCAUCUACAGAAGACAGUGGUCCUCAACACGAAACAGAGGCAUUUGACUUGUUUAAGACAGCAAUCUCUAUGGGUGAAGGUGAACCAACUCUGAGGAAUGAUGAUGAAGCAUUAGAGGCAAACGACGGUGAAGCAGUAGAGGAAAAUGAGUUUAGGAAAAAGUUAAGAGAAGCUGAAACUCCAUUAUUCAAGGUUAAGAGUGGUGUGUCAGAGAACUACGUUGAUCAGCUGUUGGAUUUAAUUCAGGACAUGCUACCUGAAGACAUUGUACUGUCAAAGAGUUUAGCUGCAAUCAAAAAAUUUCUGAAGAUAUUUGGUUUCGGAUAUGAAAAUAUUCAUGCUUCCAAGAAUGAUUGCAUACUAUAUAGGAAGGAGUUUGAGAAGUUAGACAGCUGUCCAAGAUGCAAAGUUUCAAGAUGGGAGAAGGAUAAGCACAGUAAUGAGAUGAAGGUUGGGAUUCCAGCAAAGGUCCUUAGAUAUUUUCCAAUCAAGGACAGAUUUAGGAGGAUGUUUGGAUCAAAAAAGAUGGCUGAAGAUUUGCGGUGGCACUAUACCAAUGGCACUAAAGAUGGUACAAUGCGAUACCCCGUUGAUUCUAUAUCAUGGGCACAAGUGAAUGCUACAUGGCCAGACUUUGCUGCUGAACUAAGGAAUCUUCGACUUGGAAUUUCUAUAGAUGGUAUGAACCCUUUCUCCAUGCAAAACACCAAUCACAGCACAUGGCCAGUGUUGUUGGUGAACUAUAACUCGCCUCCGACUAUGUGUAUGAAGGCUGAAAAUAUAAUGUUGACUUUGUUGAUCCCUGGUCCAACAGCUCCUCGGAAUAACAUAGAUGUUUACUUGGCACCACUGAUAGACGAUUUAAAAGAUUUGUGGGCUGAGGGUAUUGAAGUCUACGACUCAUUUGCGAAAGAGAAUUUCACACUUAGAGUCAUGCUGCUUUGGAGUAUCAGUGACUAUCCAGCCUUAGGAACAUUGUCUGGAUGUAAAGUGAAGGGGAAACAAGCCUGCAAUGUAUGUGGAAAAGAUACACCUUCCAGAUGGCUUAAGUUUAGCCGUAAGUUUGUCUAUAUGGGGAAUAGAAAGAGACUACCGCUUGGCCAUCGUUACAGAUAUAAAAAAGCUUGGUUUGACAACACUGUUGAGGAAGGGAAUGCUAAAAGGAUACAAACUGGUGCUGAAAUAUAUGAGACACUACAAGCUUUUAGGAAUGAUUUUGGAAAACCUCUAGACAAGGGAAUUAAAAGAAAAAGAACUGAGUUGGAAGAUGAUGAGGUGGAUCAAGAAGAGUGUGGAGAAUCAAAUGAUCUAUGGUGGUCGAAGAAGAAAUCAAUAUUCUUUGAACUACAUUACAGGAAGGUAAAGUAA